UCCUAAAGCAGCGAAGCGCAGACCAGCUGCAUCAGUGGAGCCCAGGUCUCGGCCACCGCCACACGCUGCUCCCUAAGUUCAGGACUAAGAGCAGCAGCCCAGGCGGCGAGGCAACCAGCGACUGGCGGGCGGCAGAAAGGCCCCGGUCGAAAAGCCUGAGAGGGCCGCCGAGCUACCUCCGGAAGAGGAGAGCUCAAGCGCACGGCGCCUCAGCUGAAGCAGCGCGGAACCGCAGUCGCCUUCAUGGCCCACUCACCGGUGGCUGUCCAAGUGCCCGGGAUGCAGAACAAUAUAGCCGAUCCAGAAGAACUGUUCACAAAAUUAGAACGUAUUGGGAAAGGUUCCUUUGGCGAGGUUUUCAAAGGAAUUGAUAACCGUACCCAGCAAGUGGUUGCUAUUAAAAUCAUAGACCUUGAGGAAGCCGAAGAUGAAAUUGAAGACAUUCAGCAAGAAAUAACUGUUUUGAGUCAGUGUGACAGCUCAUAUGUAACAAAAUACUAUGGAUCAUAUUUGAAGGGUUCAAAAUUAUGGAUAAUAAUGGAAUACCUCGGUGGUGGUUCAGCACUGGAUCUUCUGCGAGCUGGUCCAUUCGAUGAGUUUCAGAUUGCCACCAUGCUAAAGGAAAUCUUGAAAGGUCUGGACUAUCUGCAUUCAGAAAAGAAAAUUCACCGAGACAUAAAAGCUGCCAAUGUCUUGCUCUCAGAACAAGGAGAUGUUAAACUUGCUGACUUUGGAGUUGCUGGCCAGCUGACAGACACACAAAUUAAAAGAAAUACCUUUGUGGGAACACCAUUUUGGAUGGCUCCCGAAGUUAUUCAGCAGUCGGCUUAUGACUCAAAAGCUGAUAUUUGGUCAUUGGGAAUUACUGCUAUUGAGCUAGCCAAGGGAGAGCCGCCCAAUUCCGACAUGCAUCCAAUGAGAGUUCUAUUCCUUAUUCCAAAAAACAGCCCUCCAAGUCUUGUCGGAGACUUUACUAAGUCCUUUAAGGAGUUUGUCGAUGCUUGCCUGAACAAAGAUCCAUCAUUUCGUCCUACAGCUAAAGAACUUCUGAAACAUAAAUUCAUUGUAAAAAAUUCAAAGAAGACUUCUUAUCUGACUGAACUAAUAGAUCGAUUCAAGAGAUGGAAGGCAGAAGGACACAGUGAUGAUGAAUCUGAUUCUGAGGGCUCUGAUUCGGAAUCCACCAGCCAGGAAAAUAAUACUCAUCCCGAAUGGAGCUUUACCACCGUGCGAAAGAAGCCUGAUCCAAAGAAACUACAGAACGGGGCAGAGCAAGAUCUUGUGCAAACCCUGAGCUGUUUGUCGAUGAUAAUCACACCUGCGUUUGCUGAACUUAAGCAGCAGGAUGAGAAUAAUGCGAGCAGGAAUCAGGCAAUUGAAGAACUCGAGAAAAGUAUUGCUGUAGCUGAAGCUGCGUGUCCUGGCAUCACAGAUAAAAUGGUGAAGAAAUUAAUUGAAAAAUUUCAAAAGUGUUCAGAAGAUGAGUCCUCUUAAGAAACUUCUUAUUUUUGGCUUCUAUUUUAUCUGGACCCAGAGAAACCCACCAAAGCUACUUUAAGCUUAACAAUGCUUAUCUCAUGAGCUCCAUGUAUGUGCCUUUUGGAUCUUUGCAACAUUGAAGAUUGGGAAGAAGCUGUUCAACUAUUUUGUGAUGGUGUUUAUCAUUUUAUAUUUUAAAGAGAUUCUUUUGUAAUGAAUAACUUUUACUACUAUCAUCUCACUGUAUUCUAGUAAAUGCUGAGAUACAGUUUUGCUUUUAGGUAUCAUUAUUACUUAAGUUACUAGGAUGAAUACCUUCCAUGUUUUGAUUUUUAGUUAACUGUACCCUCAUGAAACAUACAGGUCUUUCAAAGUCAUCCAAAAUGUUCAACACUUGUAAAUCAUCAAGCCUCAAAAAGCGCUUUUAAAAACACAAGCAUAUUCUAAAAAUGAUUCUUGGUGGGGGAAUGGAUAAAAGCCCUACCUUCUUAAAACAGAAGUUUUUUUAUAAGGUCUUUGAAAUGAAACCUGGAAAAGUAUUGACUCUUCUAGCAAGUCGGUAGGAUAUUCCUGGCAGCUCAAUGAGGAUCACAUUGGGGAGCCCUGUGUUUGAAGCAUUCAUAGGCAACAUGUAGCAACAGAGGUACCUCUUGGUGUACAGUAUUUACCUUCUCUUUUAGAAGAGAUAGUUACACCCCUCAUUUAACAUGAUUGGAAACUUUUAAAGCAAUACUAAUUAGCAAAGGAUGGGUUUUUGGUACUACUGGAGGAAUUAGUCUUCAUUUUUAAAAUCUUCAACUCAAAUCACAUAUUAUAUCCUUGGAUUUGGGGAGCUUGAGAAAGUUGAUAAUCGUGUGAUGAAAUAAAUACCUGAUUGACAGGUAUAAAUAUAAUUUACACCAGCAUAUUUUUGUCAUGGUAGUAAUGUCCUAUGAACUAUUUAUAUAUUGUUGUUCUUCAUAAUCAUCCAGUACGUAAAGCAUCAUUUGUUCAUUUUUGAAAGGGUAUUUAAGCAUUUUCUAGCUCAUAUGAAAAUAACCGUGACACAGAACAAUUUCUGUCUGUACAAAGGUGAGUUAGACUGUACAGUUAAUUUUCAGUCUUAUUUAUGGUACUGUUACGUGGGGAAUAUCUUUUUUCUUUUAAACCCAGUAUAUAUAUUAUGCCUGCCUAAGUUCUGAACUGGGGCUAUAUUUCAGUAGUUUUAGAACUGUUGGUAUUAAUUAGUUUUGAUAGUUUAUAUUUUAUUGUUUGGAUCUGCACAGUUUGGUUUUUGCACAAAAGUCAUUUUUAGAAAUCUGAGUAAUUGCCAAAUAUUAGAAGAUGUUUUUGAAGUAAACAAUACACUUUUUAGUCAAAGUGGCCGUUACCUCCUUUUUUUGUAAUAAUACAGCCACUUGAAUAAGUAAGUUGUUGUGUCAUACGCUAAGAAAACUCUUUUAAUUGGUGCCUAUGCUAUAAAAAUUACUUGUAACACAUUGUAAUUUGGAGUACUGGUUUGGUUAAUAUUUUCAAUGGCUAUGUAGCUGAAACUCAAAGUUUAUAACCUGUAGAGGCCUGGAAAUAGUUUUGCAACUCAUAUCAUAGAUUAAGUGACUAUUUUUGUAAAAGUAAAAGCAACAGAUUUAUAAAUUGAUUAUUUGAAACUUUACAACAGAAGUGUAUCAUGGAUUGAAAUUGUAUUGCUUAUUCAUUAUAGCUAUUAGUACUGUAAACUGUUUCUAGGUGAAGCAUAUCCCAGUGUUUUUUGGGGGGGGUUAAAAAUAAAUAUUUAAAUUUCAUGGUC